GUAGAGCCCGGAAGGAAAAGUAAGCGGCCUCGGCCCCGCACAGCCCAGGAUUAAAUGUUUGCGCCAGGGCCCCUCUGGCUACCUGGUGGUGGCCCCGAGCGGCCUCGGAGGCCGCGGCGUAGCUCCUGGGUGAAGGCGUCUCUAAAUCGCUCAGCGCGGCGGCACAGGGAGCCCACGGGCCCAGCCGCGAGGUCCUGCAGGCGGCGGGCCGCGUCCUGGCCCCGCAGCUGGGCCUGCAGCAGUGCGAAGGCCGUGAGCUGCGCCGCACGUCGGAUAGGCCGCGACUCUGACAGACGUUCCACCAGCUGCGGGCUGUGCAGCAGGGCGGCCAGCAGCCGCCGCAGCACCAUCUUCUCCAAGCGCCCGGAACCCGACCUCGCCGCCCUCGUCUUCCGCCCCGCGGCGCCCGACCCGGACGCCAUAUGCCCCCGCGCAGCUUGAUGACGACACUGCCGCCCUCGGAUUGGGUCCAAUGAGAUGCUCGCCUCCGCGCGUUUCCGCUUCCGCCAUCGCGGACGCAGCCUCGUGCCGGGAGUCGCCGCAUUGUGGCCCGCUUCUCUGCACUAUGUCGGGUGGCCUCCUGAAGGCGCUGCGCAGCGACUCCUACGUGGAGCUGAGCCAGUACCGGGACCAGCACUUCCGGGGUGACAAUGAAGAACAAGAAAAAUUACUGAAGAAAAGCUGUACGUUAUAUGUUGGAAAUCUUUCUUUUUACACAACUGAAGAACAAAUCUAUGAACUCUUCAGCAAAAGUGGUGACAUAAAGAAAAUCAUUAUGGGUCUGGAUAAAAUGAAGAAAACAGCAUGUGGAUUCUGUUUUGUGGAAUAUUACUCACGCGCAGAUGCGGAAAACGCCAUGCGGUACAUAAAUGGGACGCGUCUGGAUGACCGAAUCAUUCGCACAGACUGGGACGCAGGCUUUAAGGAGGGCAGGCAAUACGGCCGUGGGCGAUCUGGGGGCCAGGUUCGGGAUGAGUAUCGGCAGGACUACGAUGCUGGGCGAGGAGGCUAUGGAAAACUGGCACAGAACCAGUGAGUGGUGAGAGCUCUGUCAGUGACAGACACUCCUUUGGCCUGUUGAAUUUGUUGAAGAACAUCAGCUAAAGUCUGCACACGAGCCCAUUUUUACCAAGAUUUGAUCAGUGUCUUUACUGAGCUGGAAGCCUCUGAAAGUUAUUAAAGGACAGAAUCCAAAAGAAUGCCUUUAAUUCUUGUCUGAGAAUCUUGGCCAUGUGUCAGAUUAUCAGAACAAUUUUGUUACCAGGUCAGAAAUUGUGUUCUUUGACAAGAUUGGAUCUGUAAUGUUGAUUAGUCUUUAGCCAUAACCACUACACUUUUAGAAAGACAGAAAAAUUUAAAAAUUUGUUUUUACCAUAAUGAGUCUUAAGUAGGUUCAUGAUCUACAUUGGGGCCUGGGAUUUUUUUUUAAUUUUAAGUUUGCAUGAGAUAGCCUAAUAAAUGGAGGUGGGGCCAGGCAUGGUGGCUCACACGUGUAAUCCCAACACUUUGGGAGGCUGAGGAGGAAGGAUAGCUUGAGGCCACGAGUUUGAGACUAGACUGGGCAACAUAGCAAGACCCUGUCUCUACAAAGCAAAACGAAAAACAACAAAUGGAGUUGUGCUAUGUUGUAUUGCUUUGCACAAAAUUAGGAACAGGUGUUUGACAAUUGAAUUUGUUUUCUAUGAAUUCUAACCUCUAAAGGCAUGCUUAGAGGUCAAGGACCUUCCUGUGUAGUUGGUGCAAAAGCAAUCUCCACAGGACAGCACUGCUUCCAUGCUUCAUACAUCAGGAAAUGAGGCCAGAACUUGAGCAUUUACUAACACGUUUUUCAAAAGAUGUCAAGUGUUAUACCUAAAGCUAAAAAAAAGCAAGGGUCUGUCAUAGAGGGAACCUCUAAAUAAUUUCAGGGGUAGGGGAGAUGUUGUCAAUAGGAAAUGGGAUAAAAUAUCAAGAGACAAUGAAAACACUGCCUUGACAUGAGGACCAGCAAGUUUAUUCUUUUCAUUUUCAGUGAUGUUGGGAACGGACUGGGUUUAAAAAGGGAGCUUGAAGAUGGAAUGUUUAACAGUCACAGAAGGUUCCUGCAGCAGAUGCCUCUUUUAGCCAUUUCUCAUUUUUUUCCUCAAAUUUUACCUACUGAGGCUCACGCCUUCACAGUGAGCUGAUGGUCUCUACAGGGGAGGGGAGUCUAGGGAAUUUAUUUGGUAUUUGUAAGGCAAGAGGUGAUUUCUCUCUAAUAUAUCUGAGUUAUUGCUCAUUUAAAACUGUUAAGUCCAGUAUAAUUUUCCCUGAUAUGAAAAAAUGUGCAUUUUUUUCACUUAGCAACAAAGUACCUUCUAAUUUCCAAUAGUCCGUGAAAGUUGGGGCUGAAGUACCUUAGUGUGAAUGUCUCUCCGUUAAACUGAGUGUAGAAAUCUGAAUUUUUAAAAGAGCUGUAACUAGUUGUAAGUGCUUAGGAAGAAACUUUGCAAACAUUUAAUGAGGAUACACUGUUCAUUUUUAAAAUUCCUUCACACUGUAAUUUAAUGUGUUUUAUAUUCUUUUGUAGUAAAACAUAACUCAGAUUUCUACAGGAGACAGUGGUUUUAUUUGGAUUGUCUUCUGUAAUAAUAGGUUUCAAUAAAGCUGGAUGAACUUA